CUUUUGUUUCUCCUCCUCACCAAAGUCUUUUGCUCUUGCUAGUCAGGCGUACCUAUUUAUACUGUCUUUAUCGUCAGAUUUAAUUACCGUGCUAUUCUAAUGCGUUUCAACACCGUCUUCACUCUUGCUACGAUGGCUCUUGGCUUCGCCGGCGAAGUCAUUGCUAAGCCUAGCGUCGUCAUUGGUUACUAUCCCUCGUGGAAGAACCAGUACAUGUCUACUGUUGACUUUACCAAGUACACCCACAUCAACCUGUCCUUCGGUAUCCCGUCUUCCUCUGGAACCUUCUCUUUCGAUGGUGACUGGUUUGAGCCUGCAUUGGUCAGCAGCAUGCAUGCCAAGGGUGUAAAAGUCCUGAUGUCUGUUGGUGGUUGGACUGGUUCCAACUACUUCUCUACUAUCCUCAAGGACUCUUCAGCCCGCAGCACUCUUAUUACCAGCAUGGUGAACUAUGUCAAGAGCAUGAACCUGGACGGUAUCGAUAUUGACUGGGAGUACCCGGGGCGCCUUGGUGACAACUGCAAUGUUGUCGAUGCUGCCAACGACACCCCCAACUACCUCAAGUUCCUGCAGGAUCUGCGUGCCCAGUUCGAUUCGACUUUUGGCACUCGCCAGAAGCUGAUUACGCUUGCUAUUCGCGUCCAGCCCUUUGACAUUAACGGCGCGCCGACAGCAGAUGUCUCUGCAUUCGCCAAGGUUGUCGACUACGGCAACUUGAUGCAGUAUGAUAUUAACGGUGGCUGGAACAAUGUCACGGGCCCUAAUGCUCCAUUCAACUAUGAGAAUGGUAAGGGGAUGCAGGUCUCGUUUGUCUCGGCGAUCGAUGCCUGGACCAAGGCUGGCUGGCCGGCGAACCAGCUCACAGCUGGAAUUGGCUUCUAUGGUCGCUCGACCACAGCUACUGUUGACAUGACCAAGGAUCCGCAGAAUCAGUAUCAGGCACAGGCGUCAGUUGUCCCCCUCGGCGAUUCGGAGGAUGCUCCCUGGUACGAUACCUGCGCAGGGGCGACUGCCAACUCAGGAACCUGGCAGUGGAAGCACCUGCGUGAUCAGAACGUACUUUCAUCGCCGACCACUGCAAACUCACCAUGGAUUCGUCAGUGGGAUCCUGUCUCGCAGACGCCAUGGGUGUUCAACCCGAACACCAAGAUCUUUAUCUCGUACGAUGAUCCCCAGAGCAUCAAGGUCAAGGGUCUUGCAGGAGCCAUGAUCUGGUCCGUCAACAUGGACUACAACAAUGAGCUGAUGAAUGCUGUCCAGGCCUGGUCCGGAAAUGGCGGCGGUUCGACUACAACUACCACUGCUGCCCCUCCGGUCACCUCAACGACCAGCGCCGCCACUUCUUCGGCUCCUGGAACUACCUCCGUGCCUGCCACCACCUCGGUUCCGGCUACAACAUCGGCACCUGCCACUACGUCGACCGUUGGUGGAGGUGGACCGGUUGCUGGCGGCCCCUGCUCAUCGCAGGGUGCCUACCAGUGUGCUGAUACUACCGGCAAGAACCCGGCGUACUUUGUCUGCAACAACAACACCUGGCUCCAGCAGGCAUGCGGCUCUGGAACUGCCUGCUUCCAGUCUGGUUCGACGAUUAUCUGCAACUGGCCCUCGGCCUAAGCGUUUCCACUAUGCGC